CUUCCGGUGACAGCAUGGUUGCUGGGAAACUAUAAACAACAAGCACUUCAUUUUGAAGAAUUGUCACAACAAUCUGCAAAGAUCCAAGAAGACAUCAGAGAAUUGCAAAGAGUCUCUGAGUAAUAAAUAAGAGAGAUGUCCUGUGCAGCUUUACUGGAUGGCAAUGCCCAGCCCAAGUCCAUGAGCCGAGCGAGGCAGUGGACGGAUGUAGUGGAGAAUCUCUACAGAUUUCAAGAGGCGGGAUACAGGGAUGAGCUGGAGUACAGGCAAAUUAAACAAGUGGAGAUUGACCGAUGGCCGGAGACAGGGUUCGUGAAGAAACUUCAGCGACGAGACAACACAUUUUAUUACUAUAGCAGAAAGCGGGAGUGUGAGGACAGAGAUGUGUACAAAGUCAAGGUGUACGUGUACUGACAUCCUUGACCCGCUCUGGCACUUCUUCUGUAUCUCAGUCUUUCCACUCUGUGAUUUUUAACGAAGACAGCAUUGCAUAGUUGAAUAAACUGAUGGAUAAACUAUAAUAUUGUGCAGCUUGAUAUCAGUGUCUGUCAAUUAGAAAAAUAGAUUUUAUACAUAGCAACUUAUUAUUGUUGUUGUUGUUAUUAUUAUUAUUAUUAUUAUUAUUAUUAUUAUUAUAUCUUUUUUUUUUUUUGCAUCUUGUCCCUUUAAUUUAGUGAAAUACAGCCCUUCAGUCAAAGCAAUGCUUAACUGCUGUGUGUGAAUAUUAGAUCAUUAAAGCACUUGUGUUCAUGUUGCUA